UCCCACAAUUCACAGAGACAAACAAAAAGCCUCUGGUUGCUUCUUAAUAUCAAGUCGUAAAUAACGCUGCAAUAAUUAUCUUGAGACAUUUUUAAACAUAGUUGUUAUAGUCCUACGCAUUUCAAAUCCACUGUUUCAAACACUCAGCGUAAAUGUAUUGAGCUAUUGUAAGGAUGUGUUCUCAUAGAGACCCACGAGGAGCAUGUCACUGAUCCUGUUUGCCUUUGUGGUCCGGGUCAGGGAUGGACUCCCUCUCUCCGCCUCCACUGACUUCCUGCAUAACAAGGAACUUCAGGAGAGAAAACAACAGCUGAAAGUGAUCUCAAAAUCCCUGAGUUUAUUACCAGAGAGAGGGACAGUCAAGGGCCAUGAGCUCAACAUUCACUUCCUCUCAUCCGAGGGUGUGUCCUACAUGAGCGUAUGUGCAUGCAGUCUCCCUGCUGCCACGGCCUUCUGCUUCUUGGAAGACUUGCGCUGGGAAUUCACAGCGUGCUUUGACAGCUCUGCUGUGGCCCUGGCAAGCAGGCCAUACCCAUUUCUGGAGUUUGACAGUGCCAUUCAAAAACUUCAGCAGCAUUAUAACCAGAAAGGGGGUCCAUCUCUGGAGGUCACUCUGGCCGAGGUGCAGGAAGACCUCAGGACCAACCCCCCUCGGGUUCUCACCAUGGAGGAUGUGGCGCUCACCAACGGAGCGGCCAAUGGCCAUGUAGAACAAACAUCUGCAUCAGGUCAAAAUCAGAGAUUGGAGCCAGUCUCAGCACCAGGGAUCCUUUCACUGAUCCUUAACAUCAUGUGUGCUGCCCUCAACCUUAUACGUGGUGUCCAUCUCAUUGAAUACACCUUCCAGGAUGAUUAUGAUGGUUUGUGGAAUGUAGUGGCGUUUCUUUUGGCAUUUCUGUGCUGUGUUUGCCAGUGUCAUCUGUACUUGUUCCAUACCUGCCAGAAGAAGCUGAAGUCCUUUACUCUCCUGACUAUUAUCAUUUUAUGCAAUGCUUUUCUCUUCGGCCCGAGGAACAUCUGGCAGCUGGCCUUCCAUGUGUCCGUGGCCUGCAUCUCCACGCUGCUCACCCUGCAUCGCAGACUGCUGGACAGGAACAUGGACUGCGGAGUAUGAGGACUUGAGCUGGCUGCGAACAACAGUAGGGUGAGAAACCAAAAACAAUGGACGAGACUUACAGUGUGAUGCGACGGCUCGCGAAAACUGACACUGUUUUUUUUAGCUUUAGCUUUUGCUUUGAGUCAAUGUUAUGAUCAAGUGAUUAUUUUGUCUCACGUGGAUAGUGAGUGCAACGGUUUUUCUACAGGGGUCUUCAGUUUCACUGAGGCAUAUCAGAAAUCAAGUUGACGUAUUGUGAAUGUAAUAUGGAGAAACUGAUAAACAAGACAUGAAGUAAACAUUUUGUUGGUUCUGAAAGUAAAUGUUAUGUUAAUUUUAUUUUAUUUAUUUGCUGCAAAAUAAGAAUACAUAUUGUUUAAGCUAAUUUAAAAUGGUAAUCUUUGUUUGCGUUUCUGUAUGAAGGGUUUUUUGUGUCAGGUUUAAUAGUUUUAAAGCUAUAAGUGCACAUAUGUUGCAUGGAAAUGACUGAAGGUGGGUAAAAAUGGUAGUAACUUUGAUUCAUGGUCAUGUUUUAAAAUCAGGCAUUUUAGAUUUCGAAGGAAGUUUAGUCAAAAAAUAUCAUAUGAUUAUUUUGGGCAGUGUUGGUUAGUUAGUAAUGGGCUCCUACACAAUACCUUAAUAUUUUGUAUUAUAUUAGUACUUUACUUUGUAUACAACACACAUUCAGGUCUUAUAACUAGUCUUAUGCCAUUUUUUUCCGUACAAGAUCAUUUUGUCUUGUCUACCUUUCUAUAACACUCAAACCCAAAGACUAUAAUAAUUUCAACAAACGAUCAUAAUACAACAUUUAUUUAUCAAGUAGGUAGGAUGUAGAGGUGCUAAAGAAUUGCAGGAAAUUGCAUUUGUUGAAGGCCACAUCUAUUUACUUAACAAAAAACUGAUUAUUGUUUGUCAGCAUACAAUACUGAUUAGUUUACAUAAUAAUCAAAUUUAUUUCCACUAAUAUUUUUUUAUGAUAUAGACAAAAACCACUAGACGUUUUGUUUGUUUAUUUUGUAGCAGACAGUAUUGAAUGCAUUCACGGGAAAACCUAAAAUGAAGUUUAGUUUAUGCGAUUUUUUUUUUAGCAGUUAAAUAUGUUUCAAAUAAUAAGGAAGUAUCAUGUUAUGCUGACAAAGAAAAAUAUGUUUGUUUACGUAAUUUUGUUGUUGUUUUUUUGGCUAAUGCCAUGCACUUCACGCAAUCAGCAUGGUGAAAUCCGUUUAAGUUCGUUUUAGGCAAGUAAUAAGCAUAGAUACAAAUAUCUAAACUAUUCUUGAAUUUUUACAAGCAAGCUGUGCUUCUAGUUGGCAAAAAAGUCAUUUUGCUGUGUUGUAGCAGCAGCUUGCGUGUAAAGCUUUUGUCUAAGAUGAUAUUUAGUGCUGUGGUAAAGCUACAGUAUGUUCAUGCCAUUGCCUUAUUAUGCAAUAUGAUUACAGAUAGUUAAACAGAGGAGUGAGAAUGUAUGUACCAUCAUUUGAAAUCGCGUGAAAACGGCAGCCGAUGUGCAGUACAGCGAAUACUAAUUGUAAUAAUAGCAAUGUAAGGGCUCUGUUUCUAUUGACUGAUUUCUAGGAUUUCUUUCCAAGAUAGUUUGACAAAAUAAAGCAAGAUGUUCAAAUUUCCAAUCGUGGUUUCUUAUACAGUUUUAACAAGGACCGCUGAGGUCACAGUGGUGCCCUUAGCUUUUAAAACUUAUAUACAUAUUUACUCACUCUUCGUAUAAUACAUGGAGCACUGGGUUUGUUGAGAUAUCUAUGAGAUGUGUAUUUUUAUAAUAAUAGUUUUUCAUGUUAUAGAACAGACUGAGUGUUUAGUUAUACAAAUGGGAGUUCGUCAUGCAUUUGUGACCCAUGUUUUUUAAAGCCUCGGUGAACUGUGAUUGGUGCUGGAGGUUAUAACGUACUGCUUCGUAAUAAUGAAAGCUUGAAACCAAUAUUGUCUUACAUCAGCCUACAUUUGAUUUAGAUGAUGCAUGCAUUUAAAACUUUUAAAUCGAGGAUUUAAAACAAGUGAUUCAGAUGAACAGAUUUUUUUUUUGUUUCACUUAGUUGAACUGCUCUUUUAAAUUCAACCAAUGAACCUCCAGCGACCAAGUAAGAGACUUUGAAAUGGUGAACAGUAAUGAGAGUACUACUAUGUGGAAGCCUGUUUCUGCCACAAAAAACUGUAAUUUAAAUCAAAUUAAUCCCAGAAUAUUAUUAGAAAUCUCUUAGAAAUAGUAAAUUUCUGCCACGGAAUAUAAAAUAAAAAAGUAACCGCAGCUUUAUAUUUCACAAUUGACACUUGUUUUUCCAAAUUAUAAGUUAAUCUGGAAAAAUGUGAGGAAUUUUAUAAUUUUUUUUUUUAAUUUCAUGUUUUUCAAUUUCAUCCUGUGGUUGAAACGAGCUUCAAUAUUAUUCCCUUUUUGCAACUUGUUUGUUGCUAAAAACAGAUUCAGACAUUUAAUAAAUCAACAG